GUGUCGCGGCAAAACCUGUAUUCGUGACAUCAGUUAUGACGUUGGUAAAUUCUCUGUAAAGUGACGUCAACAUUUUAUUUAAUUUGCGCGAUUUCGUCAUCACUGCAACAUGUGGAUCUGUGUAGCUGUUUUGGACAGUUUUAUAUUUGUGUUAAGUAUGAAAUGAUGUGAUAUGGAUAAUGAAAUAGAAGAACUGGACAAUUUAUUGUCCGACCACUUUGGGCGAACUCCAUCGGCAUCUCAGGUGAGCUCAAAUUCCGAUGAUGGGACUUAUAUAAAUUCCCCAAAUGAUCAUUCAUUUAGUGAGGACGAAAACAGUUCAGCAGCAAAUAGUGUUGAUUGUAGAGCCAGAAAUUUCAUUCACCAACAUGACAUUGUAUGUAACAACAGUGAUGAGUAUGAAAGUGAUGUGGACGAUACAUACAUUGUCAGUGGUGCAUGCGCCAGUGGUGACAUGGACGCUGACUAUGCAACUGUCAGGCAGUUUCUCGAGAUCGGAUGUGGUUGCAAGAGUAAGUGUACUGUUAAUUUUGAAAUUGGCCAGGUAUACCAUCAUAUAUUGAACAUGAGAGAAUUGACAAAGGCAGAGAAGGAUAUUAUUGUCAUGAGUAAUCUUAAGUGUGGAAAUGACCUGACUACAAAACGAGGGAAGCCAAGGAAACGUUCGAUGGUUUCAUACAAUGCAUUCCAAAAGCCAGUUUGCAAGAAAACGUUUAUGCUGGUUAAUGACAUUGGUAGAUCAGCUUUAGAAAAUCUUGUAGACCAUUAUAAGCAGAAUGGUCCAUUGCCAAGAAAGCAUGGAAACGUAGGAAAGAAACCAUCACAAGCCGUCAUUUAUGAUGAUGUAAAACGCGUGGUUGAAUUUUUGCAAAAUUAUGCGGACACGUAUGGUAUCCCCCAACCAGCAGCUCCCAGAGGAAGCGACAAUACUCCUCCAAUUUAUCUUGACAGUGGUAAAACAAAACUAACCAUUCAUAAAGAGUAUAUAGAAAGAUGUCGCGAGGCUGGGGUUAGAUCUUUACAGCGAACUGCUUUCUGUGAAAUUUGGAAAAGCUGUCUGUGUCACAUUAGAAUAGCUUCGCCUAGGGAUGAUGUUUGCGCAACAUGUGAAGGCCAUAGAAAGAACAUUAUGAAGGCAAUAGAAGAGAGUGAAAAGUAAGAGGCUGCCGAAAACUUCAAACAACAUGUGAUAAAUGCCCAAAAAGAAAGAGAACUUUAUAAUGACUGUGUAAAGCGUGCCAAGGAAACAUGCAUAUUAAGUUCUGAUAAAA